AUGACCGAGGUUCCAGAACCCAUUUGCUACCGGUGUGGAUAUCCUUGGUCGGGGCACGCUGAAAACUUGGGCCCCUACAACAAGUGGUGCCUGAGGCGUUGGGCAGCUGGUGUCGUCGUUCUGUUUACAGAUCCAGUGACCGGCGAUCCUUUCUUCCUUUUCGGGAAGGAAAAGCGCUUGGAUGGAGGCUACAACGCUUUUUGGGGUUUCGGCGAGCUUCACGAGAAGGAUCCGCAUCAGACUGCGGCGCGGGAAGCCUGUGAAGAGGCCUUAGGCAUCUUGGGCAAUCAGCAGGAGAUCCUUGCAUCUAUUGAGGGGCAGGAGAGUGCUGACGCCGAAGUGUUCUUGUUUCUGCUGAGCAUUGGUACUCAGCAUGUUUCAGCGCUUGUGGAUCGGUACCACGAGAGGCGGCAGCUGUGGAUCUCAGCUGCUGAGAGCCUGAAGCCGCUCACGCAACCAGGACUGCGACCAGGAGGCGACAUCAUGGACGCGCUGUUUGCAGUUCCUGCCCAGGAAUUCCUUGCUGCGUGCUGGCAGCUACAGGAUCGGCGCGGCAAGGGAGGUGCAGCGGUUUCACUGCACUCAAUGAACGGCGGUGUCUUCAUGCCCAAAGUCGAAGCCAAGGGCUCCAAGAAGGGUGCCUCUGCUUCAGGUCUGCGACCGAGACCCCCAGCAGUUUGCCUGGCGAAGCUGUUAGCCAGGCCCCAGACGGACACCGCAGUGAAGCUGCAGCGCUUCUGCUCGAAAGGACUGUUGCUCCCUCCUCACGUCCCGAAAGCCGCUUGCGUGCCGGGGAUUACACGCGACGGGCUUCCAGAUGGGUCCAUGCUGGCGGUCCAGGCAAUCUUUUCUGCAACCUGGACUGGUCCGCGUGGCACUGGUUUGGCCUACACGGCCGAAUCUCUUGCAGAUGCUUGUGCUACUUUCCUCAGACGCCUUGAACCACCAGACGUAAAGCUAUAUUUCGCUGCCUGGAUAGAACGUGCUAUGGACUCGCCUCAGCAGGCGAAGCUUGCUGCAAGCCACAUUGCAAGAUUGGUCCAACGUGUCCCAGUGGUUCCACUUUUGCAGGAGCAGGUCACGCAGACAAUUGGCGCUGCAUGCCAGCGUGUAGAUGCGGCGCUGUCUACAAGAGGUGAUUUCGCCGGUGCAGACCAUGGCGAGAUUGACCGUGAGAGCUUGACGUCCUGCUACCAGCUUUUAUCAGGUGCUUCAUUCGUCAAUGAGCUAGUGAAGGUUGGUGGCAUCAACGCAUCCAUACAGCCCGCCAUUCUGGAGAAGGCGAGACAACACGUCGAAUCGACUUCGCCUGGGAAAAGAAUGGCUUGGCCGGCUUGGUUGCCUUCAGGAGCCAUGCAUCAGUUCGGAAGAAUUUCUGCCCGGAAGCUGGAGAACAACUUCGGGCCGACCAGGGCAUGA